GCAAUAUGAAAAGAAAAAAAUAGUUAAUGCAAAUUCGGAGAUUAAUUUAGCAGCAAUGAAGGAGUUAAGAAGAUGACUAAAAUGUUUGUUGAUAAUGUUUACCGUCGGACUCUUAGGGACGGAACUGUGAUGAACCUCUCGCUUUUAUCAAAAACGUUUUAAAAACUAACGAUAAGCCGCUGGCCCGCCGGCGGUACGUGUGAAGUGAAUUAGAACUGUCGCCUGAUAACCAACGUAUUAAGAUAAAUAAUUCUGACUAUAAAGAAGUUGUUGAAGAUCUAAACAUAGGUGACCAAAUCAAGAUGAGAAUUAAGAUGCCAGCUGUACGCAUCGCGCAAGCGGAUGCGGACAGCGCGGCAGAGGGGGGUGGAUCCCCAACUCCUGGGGUUCCAGCCGACACCCUCACCUGCGGGGCGUGCAGACGAGCCUUCGCCCUCGCAGACAUCGUGCGGUUCAUUCAGCAUAAAGUCUCUUCCUGUGAUAAAGACCUCACCUCCUACCACUGUUACAGUGCCGGGCCCAACUCUGACCAAGAAGAUGGUUCAAGACCCGGACAGGUAUCGACAGGCAAUGCUGGUCGAAGACCCUCACUUCUGACUGCGAGAAGACCACCGAGCAGCAGAGUACAUACUCCUCCAUUAGCCAGCCCCUCGAUAGCACCUCCGGAUCUUUUAGAAGAUGGGGGUGCUUCGAGUACUCCUAAACGACUACUGGACGAACCUGAUGUUGAAGCAUCUACACCUAAAAGAAGAGCAUCAACAUCACCUAUGCCAUCGAGCUCCCCUGAUGAAGAUAUCAAGCCUAAAAUCAAACAAGAACACAUGGAUACCACAGGAUCGCCUGAGGACCAGAAGAAGUCAAGAACGGAAGUUGCUGAUGCGGAAUCCAAUACUAUGCACAGUGAACCGAGCAACUACGUGUGUUCGACGUGCAAAACGAAAGUGCACUCCGCGUGGCGGUUACUCCAACACGUCCAACAUGUCCAUGGAGUGAAAAUUUACAUGGAAACCCUGCCUCAGCAGAGCAGUAAACAAAACCACUCUACAUCGAGCACGUCGUCAACAAGUUCCGGGUGCUCAUCCACGGGGGCGCCACUGCCACCGCCGACGUUACGUCACCAUCCCUUAUUGCCACCUCCUGAUAUGCAUUCACCCUUUGGAGUGGGUGGUCUACUGAGGAUGCCACUACCAGGAAGUUUACCACCACUGGCGCAUCCGUCAGUCCCUCCAGCGCCACUGUUUGCACGGCCAAACCAUCACGACCACCGAUUCAGGAUGGAGCAGCUCGUUUCAGAGCAGUUUCGUCAUCAUGGCCUCAAUUUAGCAGCUGCAGCGGCUGCGGUGGCAGCCAAUUCUCUCCCUCCACAUCAAGCAUUCCCAUCGCCAGCGGAUCGACCGCCUGUAGUCCCAACAUCUAUGUCAGGACGAGAGAGACCCCCACCAGUAUCACAACCCCUUUCAUUAGAACCACAGCUGGAUUUUUACUCGCAGCGCUUGCGGCAACUGGCCGGUACGACCAGUCCAGGGGCGGCCACAGGCAAUUCGAGCUCUCCUAGCCCCAGGAAGCAUUCUCCUCCGUUCGCUUCCCCGUCGCCCUCCCGAGUCGGCCAGACUCCACCGGCGGGCGCCGGACCCGGAACGGUGGACACGCCUCGUGAAGCGACGAGGCCUCACAGUUCGACGUCACCAGAACGCCGCACUGAACCAAUAGCGGCUGAUGCGCCGCCCCCAGAACAUCGAUCGACAACACCACCAGCUAAACGAAAUACUGAAGAAGCUGUACAUUCCUGUGAAUUUUGUGGUAAGAAAUUUAGAUUCGAAAACAAUCUUAUCGUACAUCGCCGAUCACACACCGGUAAGAAACCCUUCAAAUGUACUGAAUGUGAUGAAUGUUUUGAAAAAGCUUCUAAAUUGAAAAGACACAUGAAAGUUCAUAGACCUCCCGAUGGUAAUACAGAAGACGGAGAUUCAGGUGGUGAUACUGGAGAAGAUGAUUCUGAUGAAGAUUUAGAUGAUGAGGAACUAGAUGGGGAAGAAGAGGAGGAAAACGAAGACGGAGAGGACGUAGAGGAAGCUGAAGAUUUAACAGUAUCAAAUAGUAGUGCUCCAUCUGCUCCCCCACGAAAACAAACACCUGCCAUACCAGCGCACCCACCUAGUGCAUCUGUUGUUGGUGAGCUCAUGGAUAAGUUCGGGUUGUCAAACAUUGCUCAAUACAGUGAAGCUUUCAAACAAGCCCUGCAAGAAUCGGGGAAUUCAUUAAAGUGGCAAUUGGCAAAAGAUCGGGAUAAUAACAAUGGCCCGCCGAGCGAUAAACCUAAUGGUAUGCCACCAACUGCUGCUUUACGAUUAAAAGAAGAGUUCGCUAAGAUGCCUCCUCAACCACAUCCUCUCUUUAACCCUUUUGAAAACCCUUUCGAAGCAUCGAAACGAAUGAAAUUGGAAAUGGACAGAGGAGAAGGUUGGUGGCUUCCAACGCUACAUGCUCAAAGGCCACCAGAAAAUAUCUUUGAUGGGCUUAAGAAUAGUAGUAAUGGGUUACUUCAAAACCCUCUAUUGAAGUCAAAAGAUGGCCGUCGCAACGACACUUGUGAGUUCUGCGGGAAAGUCUUCAAGAACUGCUCAAACUUGACCGUUCACCGACGUUCUCAUACUGGGGAAAAACCUUACAAAUGUGAAUUAUGCUCGUACGCUUGCGCCCAAAGUUCCAAGCUGACGAGGCAUAUGAAAACCCACGGCCGGCUGGGAAAGGACGUGUAUCGCUGCAGAUUUUGUGAAAUGCCCUUCUCUGUGCCCUCUACUCUAGAGAAGCACAUGCGUAAGUGUGUUGUGAAUCAAAGUAAUGGUGCUCCUUUAGCAUUAUCUGAUGACUCUAAUGCGUGCCGUGAGGAGGCGUCGUGACUCUACCCGUGGGGUGGCCUUCGGCUACCACCACCUCCGCCGCCCAGCCAGAUAUUCUAAGGCCUAACAUUUUAGCAAUUAGUUUCGUUGUAUCCUCGCGACAAAUCGCGAGACGUUUGCGUCGAGGGAAACCUGGUCGACUUUGUUCAACUUCUAGUCUUAAGGAUUUAAUAAGUUGGCGUAUUAUUUUAUCGACCAUUGCAAUAUGAGCCCAAAGGAUUAUCACCGAAGGGCAUUAUUUAAUUACAAACGUAACAUAUCUUUCGUGUACUGAACCAGUGUUGUUCCCGUUACAUUGUUGAUGUUAGUUUGCAAGGUUUUUGUUUUCGGAGGCUACGAUCGUUCGCUCCAUUUACGAUCUUUGCGUUAUUAUUUCGAUAUUGUUUUGACAUGUUUUUAUUUAUAGAAAAAAAAAUAUGGAAACCAAUGCCAAAGUUAGCUAUGUUGAUUUAACGCGAUUUAGUUAGUAAGUUGUAUAGUGUCAAUUAAAAAAAAGUUAGAUUUUUUCCAGUAUUUUCUAGGAUCUUCAUAGUUUCAUGUAGUAUGUGUAUCGGCGUAAGUUGUUUCGUAAUUUUAGUAUAUUAUGUACAAUAAUAAGCAAAAAUGUUUCCUAUCCUAGAUAAAUAACUUGUGUAAAUAAAUUGAUGUAAGUGUAAUGUGUAAAUUGAGUACCUACCUAUUGAUGUUCAUAUUUAUAGACACUGUGUUUCAAAUUUAUUAAAUGGAGAAUAAAAAAAAAUCAUUAAAAAAACGGUGAGUUUCCUGUAAUCGAUAAUUAAGCAUUCUAGAAAGCAAAAUUGGAAUCGAUAAGGGUAGGUGUUAUUCGUAAUGAGGUAUUUCUAUAUUAAUUAGAAUUUAAAUUAUUAAACUAAAUAUCUUGCGAGACAUUCGAUCUUCAUUCUGUCCUUUACAGCAAACAAAAGGGAGCUAGUUAUUUUUUAAGACUGAACAAAUUCCAGUUUUGUUUUUAAAAUUUAUGUUUUCUUGUGAUUCGUGGAAGAACAAUUUCACUUAUAUCUAAAUUUUAGUCCAAUCGUGAAAUCUUUCAGUAUACGUACUUAAUGUAAAUUAAAAUAGAAUUUAUAUUAGAUAAAUAUAAGUAAAUUAUAAUAGAAACAUUUUGUCGUCCAUCAGGUCUCCUCAUAAAUUCUCUUUAAUUUUUAAUUAUUUAGGACUUCUUCAGACGACGUAUAUACUUACCUAUUGCUGUUUGUUUAGUCCAAAUAAAAAUGGCCUUUACGUCGUUUGGAUAAGACCUAAAAUUGUAAGAUGUUGCUCAAGAAUUUCUUGUGUCCUGCUUGAAACCUUUUCUGGACCAAGAAGUCAUUAUUAAUUCAACAUUAAAAUGACUUUUUGGUACGAAACUUUUAUUUAUUUUUUGGCGUAAAUUAAAUCUUUGUUUCUAAACUUUUGUGUUCAAGUGUUAAUAUGAUUCAUAUCGAUUGAAUGUAUUUAAAUAAUACAUUAAGUGUACAAUUAAGAAGAAAGUACAUAAUAAAAUUGUCAUUAUUUUAUUUAUGUAAUUUAUUGAAUAGUCAAUAUUGUUAAAAUGAUUAGACACUUUGUUUUUGAUUGUACAUACAUAUACCGCGUACAGUAUUUGCCCAGGCUUGGGACCUUGGUCCUGGACUUUUAAAUACGUAAACGGACGACAAACGGAGAGACAAACUAGCAAAACAAAUACUAAGACAAAUUUUAUUGUGUAACUAUGUGAAAGAUGAACUGUUUUUAUUAUUUUUCAUUUUUAUUAUUUUUAUUUCAAUAAAUAUCCACGAUUUGUUAAUCAAA